AUGUUUGCAAAUGUCUACACAAAUAGGCUAAUUAUCAGCGCAAGAGACGUUCCAGCUAUAAAAAAGAUUGUAGUAAAGCACAGUCUGCAAACAGAGGAAAUAAACAGCGAAUACACAAUAAUACGAAUAAAAGGAUCGCAGGAAUACAUACAAAUACUAGUACAUAGCAUAAAGAUGGCUGUAAAAGAGACACAGCAAUAG